AUGCGCAUCGAUAUUCCGCUCCAUUUCAUCCUUGGCCUCGUUUGUGUCAUGAAUUCCGCCGCAUACGCAAUCCCUGUGCAUACCGACAUUCACUCACUCAUAGAAACUCAUAUAUACUCAACCUCUGUGUCAAGUCCGAGCUCAGCCCCCUCCACCCGAACAGCUCCUCAAGAAAUUAAACCCUCUACUAAGACCAUUACCGGGGGGUCGACACAAGAGACCACAAUAGUCCGCAUAGAGUUCAUGAAGCCUCAUGCUCGCCGACUGUUGAAUGGUCUUGACGAAGAACCCUACAAUCCCCCAAUGCUUGGAAGGCCAAAUCAGCCACCGCAAGCUACUUUGUCCGAACGUAUACAGAAGCUCAUAGAGUCCUACGCGCGAGAUAGGUUGUGUGAUGCCCAUCGAGUUAUCAAACUCCAGUUCACAAAUGCGUUCCAGUCGCAAGGAUCACGGACGGAUAAGAAAAUCGGGAUGUAUUUUUGGGGCGUGGGUGGUGAUUGCGUUUACCAUGAUCUGACUGGAAAGUCGAAGAAAUGUGAGGCGCAUCUUGACGAGCGUAAAGUGUAUAAUGCUAUUGGGGGGUAUAUCUUGGAGAGGACGGGCGCGAAGUGGGCACAGGAGCAUAGUGGUAUAAGCUGCACCAUGAUGUAA